AUGAAUCUCAAACUCUUGAUGCAAAUGAAGUAUAAUCUUGUGCAUGUAAGAGAACUUCCAAAGAUGCCCUUCUUCCUGACACUCCCCAAGCAGGAUACAAAAGAAAAGAGAGUAGCGCCCGGGGAGUCUUCAGUUGCAGACAAGGAAUCUCCUGAGACUGAAAUGUCUGAGACAGAGGAUAAGGAAUCUCCUGAGACUGAAAUGUCUGAGACAGAGGAUAAGGAAUCUCCUGAGACUGAAAUGUCUGAGACAGAGGGCAAGGAAUCUCCUGAGACUGAAAUGUCUGAGACAGAGGUUAAGGAAUCUCCUGAGACUGAAAUGUCUGAGACAGAGGACGAGGAAUUUCCUGAGAAUGAAAUGUCUAAGAAAUAUGCUUCAUUAGAAAUGCUGAAUAAACUAACAAAUCCAUACAAAAUGAGUCUUCCAUUUGGAGCUACUUACCCGGUUUUAGGAAAGAUAGCAGAGGAUGUUGAAUCUAAGACUGGAAUUUCUGAGGCAGAGGACGAGGAAUCUGAGACUGGAAUUUCUGAGGCAGAGGACGAGGAAUCUGAGACUGGAAUUUCUGCUGCCUCGUCGUGGUUGAAUCCCUUGAAGUCAUUAUGGUUUUUGGGUAAUAGUGAGAAGAAAUCAGAGAUCAAGAAUACAGAAAACAAAGAUAACACAGGAGAAAAUUAUAGGUCUUCCAUUUGGAGCUACAUUCCCUUUUUUAGGAAAAAGAACUCACAGGAGAAUGUCCCAGAGAAGUAUGGGAAGAACACUGAGAGAACGCCAAAUGAAGUAAAGAAACCAGACUCGGACGAAGAUAGUGAUGGCAACGAGGUCGACGACGGAACCAUCAUCAACCCGAGGCAGUGGGGAACAUUACGCAAGGACACAACUCUCUCGGAAGCCACAGGGGAGGAGGCCCGCCCGAAGGAUACCGAAGAAAAGAGAGUAGCGCCCGGGAAAGAAGGCGAGUGUCUUCUCUCAACAGACGAAAGCUCUUAUGAAUCUUCUCUUGAAUAUGAGACUGCAGAGUCCAAUGACGAGUCUUCUUCAGAGGCAGAGGAUAUGGAAUCUGAGACUGGAAUUUCUGAGGCAGAGGAUAUGGAAUCUGAGACUGGAAUUUCUGAGGCAGAGGAUAUGGAAUCUGAGACUGGAAUUUCUGAGGCAGAGGAUAUGGAAUCUGAGACUGGAAUUUCUGAGGCAGAGGAUAUGGAAUCUGAGACUGCAAUUUCUGAGACAGAGGACAAGGAAUCUCCUGAGAAUGAAAUGUCUGAGACAGAAGACAAGGAAUCUCCUAAGAAGGAAAUGUCUGAGACAGAGGGCAAGGAAUCUCCUGGGAAUGAAAUGUCUGAGGCAGAGGAUAAGGAAUCUGAGACUGGAAUUUCUGAGGCAAAGGAUGUGAAAUCCGAGACUGGAAUUUCUGAGGCAGAGGAUGUGGAAUCCGAGAUUGGAAUUUCUGAGACAGAGGCUAUGGAAUCUGAGACUGGAAUUUCUGAGGCAGAGGACGAGAAAUCUGAGUCUGGAAUUUCUGAGUCAUUAUGGUUUUUGGGUAAUAGUGAGAAGAAAUCAGAGAUCAAGAAUACAGAAAACAAAGAUAACACAGGAGAAAAUUAUAGGUCUUCCAUUUGGAGCUACAUUCCCUUUUUUAGGAAAAAGAACUCACAGGAGAAUGUCCCAGAGAAGUAUGGGAAGAACACUGAGAGAACGCCAAAUGAAGUAAAGAAACCAGACUCGGACGAAGAUAGUGAUGGCAACGAGGUCGACGACGGAACCAUCAUCAACCCGAGGCAGUGGGGAACAUUACGCAAGGACACAACUCUCUCGGAAGCCACAGGGGAGGAGGCCCGCCCGAAGGAUACCGAAGAAAAGAGAGUAGCGCCCGGGAAAGAAGGCGAGUGUCUUCUCUCAACAGACGAAAGCUCUUAUGAAUCUUCUCUUGAAUAUGAGACUGCAGAGUCCAAUGACGAGUCUUCUUCAGAGGAAAUGGAAUCUGAGACUGGAUUUUUUGAGACAGAGGACAAGGAAUCUCCUGAGAAUGAAAUGUCUGAGACAGAAGACAAGGAAUCUCCUAAGAAGGAAAUGUCUGAGACAGAGGGCAAGGAAUCUCCUGGGAAUGAAAUUGAAGUUUUGAAGGCUGAACUGAAAGCUAUACAGGGUGAUUCCCACCAACCUGCUAUGACUGAAGAACACAAAGCCUAUCUUUCAAAGGCCCUGAAGCCCCUGAUGUGCCGACAGCAUGAAACCUCAAGUGAAAUCAAUAACACGCGACUGGUAGAGCACAAACGCUUCUUCGCUAAGAUUCGGAGGGCGAUAGGAUCUCCACACGAGAAGUGGGAAUCUCUCGACCUGCCUUUUGAAGAUGACAAGGAGCUGAGUCAGAAGUACGCCCGUUCAACCCUCUCGGCCUACGUCAAGUUGGAAGCUGAAAAGAGGAAGUGCCUGCACGAGCACCGAAAGGCAUUCAUCAAGGACCAGACGGACGAGGAAUUUGCCAACAUUGACCUUGAUGUUAUGCAACUCGAGGUCAUUCAUCAGAUUAUUAUGGAACUGACACAGCUGAACAACAAUUGA